CGUGUGUGUGUGAGCGUAUGUGUGUGUACACAACAAUAGUAGUAAGCAACAACAGCUACAACAAUAGCAAUAGCAAAUACAUGGCUCUUGGCUUAAUGUGCUAAUGCGCAGUGACAUGAAAAAUGAUGGAGAACAUGCAAGUUAUACGCCCCCUGAAGUAGGAGGAGCCACAAACAGCUAGUGAAAGAAUACGCAGGGCAGGCCAAAUAACAAGCUGCAAAUUUGAUACAAACAACAAGAGAGGAAGAAGCAGAAGCAGAAGAAGUGGCAGCAGCAGCAGGGAGAAGCAAGUAGAGCAAGAGCAACGCAUUGACAGGCGACAACAAAAGCGAAAAAGUGGUAGAAAAAUCAGACAGGAAAUAGCGAGAGCAGCAGGAAGGGACUGCAGCAAUAGCAACAACUGAGAGCAGCAGCAGUAGCAGCAGCAGCAUCAUUUAUCAGCGCAUCAGUUGUACGGCAACAACAACAACAACUGGCAGCAACAACAACUGCACAACUAGCAUAUGUGUAUUAGUUUUGUGGCGCCUUUUGUGCUGGCGUUUUUUUGCUGAAAGGAAACAGCGCGUUCAUUCAAAAAGCCAUUAACCCUAAUAAGCGUGCCACAACAACAACAACAACAACUAGAAGAAGAAGAAGAAGCAACAGCAGCAGCAGCAUCGAUGUGCCAUUGUGCCGUGUAGCCCCGUCGUAACUAUUGAAAAGACGCCAACUAAGCUAAGCUCGCGCAGCUGUUGCAGCUGCCACGCAACACAAAGGAGACAGAGACAGGAACAGGGAUAGAGCGAGAGAAACUGCUACAAAUGUUGCCGCCACGGCUGCUGCGCUUGCGGCUGUUGCGUGUGCCGCUGCAUUUAAUGGAAUUGCGCAUUUUGUUGCUGUGCCUGCCCACCUUGCUGCUGGCCACAACGCUGGAAACAGACCAAAAGUCAAUACUCACAGAUAACGAUUGGAAGAAGCUAUGGACGCGCAAUGGCAUAAAUGCCGAUUCCAAAUUGGAUAAUAAUCUCGACUCCAGCGACAGUCCCAUGUUCGAGGACAGCGAGCUGAUGGCGCACAAUACAACCGUCCAACUGGGUGGCACCGCCUUUCUCGUCUGCAAAGUCACCGGCGUGGAUCGUGUGGGUGUAAAUUGGAAUCAAAUAUCUUGGAUACGUCGCCGGGACUGGCACAUAUUAUCCUCGGGCGCCCAGCUCUACACAAAUGAUGAACGCUUCGCGAUACUCCACUCGCCCGGCUCCAACAUGUGGACGCUGCAGAUAAAGUUUGUACAGCGACGGGAUCACGGCAUGUACGAGUGCCAGGUAUCCACACCGACUGGCAUCAUUUCGCACUUUGUGAAUCUUCAAGUGGUUGUGCCCGAGGCAUUCAUACUUGGCUCUGGUGAACUGCAUGUUGACAUGGGCUCAACAAUCAAUUUGGUUUGCAUUAUCGAGAAGAGUCCCACACCACCGCAGUAUGUGUACUGGCAAAAAAAUGAUCGUCUCAUCAACUACUAUGACUCGAGGCGAGACAUAUCCAUUGAAACGACACCGGGUCCACGCACACAGAGUCGCCUCAUUAUACGGGAGCCCCAAAUCACCGAUUCUGGCAACUACACCUGCUCUGCCAGCAACACCGAGCCAGCUAGCAUUUAUGUCUUUGUAUCAAAAGGCGACAAUAUGGCUGCCAUAUCGAGGCGUAAAACUUCCUCGGCCGAUCGCAUUACGCACAUAUUUAGGUCAAUGCUGGCGCCCUGUCUGCUGCUAAACACGGUUGUCGUUAGACGCAUUUUCUUAACCUAAGCAACCAAAAUUAAAAGAAAAUUACAGCGCAUAA